UGAUAUGAUUUUUCUUAUUCCGUUUAAAGAAUGAACUUUCACAAGACAGUUCAGAGGAAUGUCUACUUAUGACGAAUGAGACAGUUACAAAAUGAUCUAAUUAAUUAAUUAAAAGUGAACGCUGGUGAUAUUUGUGAUAUUUUUUGUUGAAUAUGUUACAAAGGACUCAGUUCAAAGAUAGUGUGAAUAGUGUUGUGAUAAUUUUUAUAUACUGAACUCGUUUUUCCAACAAAUAAACGUAUUUCUAGGUAGUAGGGCAUCUUUGUUAAACAAUGGGAUUGUUAUUUGCGAAAUUGUGGAGUCUUUUCGGCAACGAAGAACACAAGAUAGUAAUUGUUGGUUUAGAUAAUGCUGGCAAAACUACAAUAUUAUAUCAGUUUCUAAUGAAUGAAGUCGUUCACACUAGCCCUACGAUAGGUUCUAAUGUCGAGGAAGUGGUAUGGAGAAACAUACACUUCAUUAUGUGGGAUUUGGGAGGACAGCAAUCUUUAAGGGCAGCUUGGAGUACUUAUUAUACAAAUACUGAGUUCGUUAUAGUGGUAGUCGAUUCAACAGACAAAGAACGGUUGUCGGUGAUAAGAGAAGAAUUGUACAAAAUGUUAGCUAAUGAAGAAUUAUCUAAAGCAGGUGUUUUAGUCUAUGCCAAUAAACAGGACGUUAAAGGUUCAAUGUCGGCGUCGGAGAUUUCGAAAGAAUUAGAUUUGACCUCCAUCAAGCAACAACAAUGGCAUAUACAAUCGUGUUGCGCUUUAACCGGAGCAGGGUUGUACCCAGGCUUAGAGUGGAUAGUAAGCAGACUGAAAAAGAAAUGACAUUUCUCCGACGAUACCUAGAUUUAAUUUCAAUUUUUUGUUAAUUGUAAAUUUUCGACAUCCUACACACUCCUGUACAGACGUUUUCUCGUAUCGAGAAAAGAAAAAUCUCGAGAGAUUCUUUUUCAUAACGACUGUUAUUGCAUUUUUGUAAAGAAAGGCGUUUUCGCCAUAUACUUGCGUUUUUGUGAAAAUAAUUUACUAAAAAAAGUGAUGUGUUAGUCAACAAGUAUGUAAACGUUAUCGAACUGUGUUUAUUCACAUCACUACUACUACUAUCAGUUUACAGCGUUCUCCGACUACUAACCGCCAUUCUUCUCUGUUUAACCAUAGACCUGGAGGGAUUUCUCAUUCCUCUAGUUCUUUUUCAAUUCCCUCCCUCCAGCUUCUUCUCGACCUUCCUCUUUUCCUUCUCCCUUGUGGUGUUCACGUCAAAAUAUAUUUAGGGAUCCUGUCAUCUGGCAUUCUCUGUACAUGACCUUACCAUAUUAGUUGUUUUGUUUGCGUGAAUAAUUUCUCGUAUUCUCUCAUUUGGUAUCCGAUCUCUUCUUGAUUUGACUGCUGCUCUUUUCCAGAAAUCUAUUUCUGUUCCUAGUGACAUUUUCUCAGAUCUUUGUUUCAUUGGCCAAACUUCACUGCUAUAAUAUAUGAUUACACUUUUAAGUAUGGUAUUGUAUAUGAGCUGUUUGUUCGCUUUAGAUAUUGUUUGGUCCCACAGAAUGCCAUCAUAGAUAUGGCUUUUCUAUCCUGUAUGGUUGCUGUGACUAUACUGAAAAAAAAACACAAACGCUAAUGUGUUUGUCUUUCUACCAUCUGGCCAGAAAGGCGAUAAAUUAUUUAGAUCUGGCGUUUAAAAGUUGAAACAUUUCUGCAGUUUUAAGAAACGUCUUCGAAUACAUUUCCAAAGUGAGUUAUUGACAUAAGGUCUGAUAAGGUAAUUAAUUUAUGGGGAAUUCAGUUUGUUAAACUGAACACACCAAAAACAUCUGGUUAGGGAUACAUUUCGUUUCGUAAAACUUAACGGGCCCUUCUUAGCAUCUGGUUUGUAUAUUAAAUGUGAAUUUUAUAUGACCCACAUUAUUUCGUUUUAAGAAAAGAAAGUUAAUAUUUAAAAUUAGCAAUUAAAAAAAAUAAUAAAUGAAGCGUGUCGCUAUAGUCUUUUAUAGCAGCAUCGAGUGUUCCAUCUUGAUUUAUCUUCAUGCCUAUAUACUUGUAUUCAUCAAAGUGUUUAAUUUCUACCCCAUCGUCUAAUCUGAUGGACUGCUUUGUACCUCCAAUACACAUGAUUUCAGUUUUCUUAAUGUUGACUUCGAUACUCAUUUGUUAUAUUCUUCUAUUUAUUAGUUAUUGUCAUCAACUGCGUUUAAAUAAUAAGCAUUAGCUUUGUUUCAAACUGAAUGAUAUAUACAUCGCAAAAUAAAUAGAAAACCAUUUUGUUUUACCAGAGACUGAGAUGCGAUAUUAUUUUUGUCAUCUGUAUAUACCUUAAAAUAAAGUUUAGUCUUCUUUCUUCUCCAAGAUCCAUUUUCUAUCGAAGGUUGGAAAUCAUCAUGACUAUUAUUAUCAACUUCCAUUAUCUGAAGAUGAAUGCAAUAGGUGAAAUUAAUUUUGCAUUUAAAAAUCGUAUCAUGAAUUUCACAUUGGGAGUAACAGCGACCGCGACCUCAAUCUUCGUAAGCUUCUUGGCCGAUACUGAACAAUGCAGCGAGGCGAAAGUGGUGGGGUAAGAGAGAGGGAGAUGUAAUGUGUAAGACAGUGUUGCCAGAUAUCUCCCAGCACGUCGCAUUCUUUGUGAGCGGAGUAGGAAAUAUUAUUUUAGGAAUAACACUAGUAUUGUAAAACAGAAAUUAGAAAUCAAAUUAAAUGUAGUAAGAUGUGAUUUCAUACUUGUUGACUGAGCUAAGGUUGUUAAAAAUUUUUGAAAAAUUUAUAUAUUUAUUUUUAGAUAUACACUGAACAAGAUAAAAGUUUUUUAUAUGUAAGAAAACAUGUUGGAUACUACUGAAAGAAACCCAAACAGUUGUCCCAAAAAAUGUUACCAUUUAGACAUUGUAAAUAUUGAUUUUUGUAUUGUUGAAUUUAUAUUGCGUGUAUCGCUGCAAAUUACAAAGUAGAUGUGGAAAAAGUUGCAACGCGUAUAAAAAAAAAUAUUUAAACGCAGAUCAUUGGUACAAAUAACGCGAAAAGGGCGUCAGAAUCUUUCAAGUUACCGUCGACCUCAUCGUCUUCUAGAUCUGCCAAGCUUAGUUCAGGAGAAAAAAGGCAAAAUCUGUAAAAAAAGUUACUAAGGCUAAAAAAGUCGCAUCAAACUUGCAUCACUGAUGGUAAUACCUAAUAGACGGAGAGGCAACGCUGAAAAAUCUCUUUGAAUUUAAUAAAGCUAAAUUGUUCACAGUUGAUUACUGUGAUUGUGUAGAGAAACAUACUGCGGUCGGUCAAGCGAAACGUAGAACAAGGGUUACUGAGAGGGUACCAAAGUUGCUUUCCUACGAAGGUAAUUCAAUCCAUUUACUAAGGCUGAAAAUCAGUACACACAUUCUAAAUUGAAUAUAAAUAAAAGUUAUUAUAGUCGGUCUGCUGUAUGACGGGACAGAGCUGGUCGGUCGGCCCCAAUGAAUGUACAGGGUUAUUCACUAUAUUUUGACCCCCUUGUAAACUGCUUUAUUUACAGAAUUAGAAAAAAAUGUAAAAUACAAAAGUUAUUCGAUUUUUUAAUUAUGAUUUUUUGACAUAUAUGUCCUACUAGUGACGUCAUCCAUCUGGGCGUGAUGACGUAAUCGACAAUGAGAAUUGGGGUCGUGUGCUAGCUCAUUUGAAAGGUUAUUCAAUUCUCUAUACAGUACUCUAAACAUUAAGAUCAUUAUUUAUACAGGGUGUCCAAAAAAAUUUUUUUAAUUAUUAAUUAAAAAAUUAAUUUAAUUAAAAAAAAAAUUUGACACCCUGUAUAAUUAAUCAUGUUAAUGUUUAUAUUACUGAAUAGGGAAUUGAAUAACCUUUCAAAUGAGCUAGCACUCGACCCCUAUUCCCAUUUAAAAGAAAUAGUCGAUUACGUCAUCACGCUCAAAUGGAUGACGUCACUAGUACGAUAUAUAUGUCAAAAAAUGAUAAUUUAAAAAUCGAAUAACUUUUGUAUUUUACUUUUUUUUUUUUAAUUCUGUAAAUAAAGCAGUUUACAAGGGGGUCAAUAUAUAGUAAAUAACCCUGUGCAUUCUUUGGGGCCGACCGACCAGCUCUGUCCCGUUACACAGCUGACCGACUAUAAUACCUUUUAUUUAUAUUUAAUUUAGAAUGUGUGUACUGAUUUUUAGCCUUAGUAAAUGGAUUUAAUUACCUUCGUAGGAAAGCAACUUUGAUACCCUCUCAGUAGCCCCUGUUCUACGUUUCGCUUUACCGACCGCAGUAUGUUUCUCUACACACUCACAGUAAUCAACUGUGAAAAAUCUAGCUUUAGUAAAUUCAAAGAUAUUUUUCAGCGCUGCCUCUUGGACUAUAACAUUGAUCUUUCCAUAGCGUUUUGUGUAAUUCUUAUUUUAUUUAUUGUUCCUUUUGUCAGAGUUAGUGUUUCCUCACCAUAUGUAAGAACCGGCAAAACACAUUGGUCAAAAACCUUCCUUUUUAAACAAACUGGAAUAUUAAACAAAAUGUUAUUCAAUCUACCGAAAUCUUCUUCUUUACGUGCCAUCUCCGCGUCGAAGGUGGCAAUCAUCGUUGCUAUUCUAACUUUUGGCACUACAGCCCUAUAGAGUUCAGUUGAGCUGCAUCCAAACGAUUCUCUGAGGUUUCUCAGACAGGACAUUUUUCUUCUACCGAUGCUGCGCCUUCCUUGAAUUUUUCACUUCAUUAGUCAUUUUAGAGAAAUUUGCCAUAUUGAUCGCGAACCUCAAUAGAGAAGGCACUUAGGAGGACGAGGAGUCAAUUUAGGAGUUCAUAUCUGACACCACGUGUUAUAUGAUCCAGAUAUUGUAGUUUUCUUAUUUUGAUGGAAUCCAGUGUCUCCCUGCUGUCCUUUAUUCUUCUUAGUACUUCUUUAUUCGUUGUUCUGUCUGUUCAGGAGAUUCUCAGCAUUCUUCGAUAUGUCCACAUUUCAAAUGAUUCCAAUCUAUUGAGACAUUGUUUAUUAAGAGUCCAUGUCUCCACACCAUAGAAAAGAACAAAAAACAUAACACUUUAGUACAGUGGAACCCCGAUAAGUCGGCACCCGAUAACACGGAGGUUCGGCUAAUCCGGACCGAUUUUCAUCAGACAAACAUUUCAACAAUAAAAUGAAUGUACUAUAGUUCUUGAGAGAUAAUGGGUAUUUGUGUAAUUUGAACUAUACGAUGGUAAAAAUGACUCAUGGCACACGGCGACAGAGCGACGUUCAUUGUCUCGGAUUAUCGGAAACAACAGGCACUUAGCAUUGUUUAAAAAAGACUAAAAGACUAUUUAAAAAAAUUCUUUUUUAAACAAUGGUCUUAGUCUCCACUGUUCUUAAAUAACAUAACAUCGUUCUGAUUGUGACCGUAUUGUGUGUAGUACAGUCGUAUUGUUCGCUUCCGUUCUGUAAUCGUGCUUCAGAUAGGUUUGUGUUUGCGUGUUUUUAUGUCAACGUUAUGGCAACAAAACGUAAAAAUAUUGUAGUGACAAUGGAAAAGAAACUAGAAGCAUUAGGUAGUAUUGAUAAAGGCGAAUCUUUCGCAGCAUCACAUGGUGUUGGUACAUCUACAGUAUCGGAUUGGAAGAAAAAUAGAACUAAAAUUGAAGAAUUUCGUUUCAAAAUGAUAACAAAAUUUGGAGUUUGGACAGUUUGGACAAUCGGUGCAAAGCUAAUAAAGCUAAAAAUGAGACUCUCGACGACGCUUUGUAUGUGUGGUUUUGUGCGGAACGCGAACGUGGUUUACCAGUGUCUGGACCUAUUAUUCAAGAAUCAGCACUCAAUAUAAAUAAAAUGUUGCCUAAUUGUGAACCAAAUUUCACUGCGUGUCAAGGUUGGCUGGAUAGAUGAAAAAACGUCAUGGAAUACGCCAACUAUUUAUCACUGGAGAAAGUCUUAUCUGGGGACAACAACGCUGCUCAUGACUAUAAAAACAAGUUUUUGGAUUUUGUGAGAGAAGAAACAGUAUAUUCUAUACAACUAUACGUAAUUUAGAUGUGUACUGUGCAUAUAUAUUUCAUGUUAUUUCAAUUAUAACGGAGUUUAUCUAAGUAUACCGUAUUUUAUUAAUUUUUACGUUAUUCUCCGGCUAACCCGGAUUUUCGAUAACCCGGAUCGGCCGUGGUCCCGAUUAAUCCGAGUUAUCGAGGUUCCACUGUACUCGUUUUCUAAUAUUUAGGCUGAGGUCUCUACCGAAAUCUUAUACUUAUUUUAAUACGUUUAUCAAUAUUUUUCCUACAUAAACUACACUAUCUUGGACACUGAUCUUAGACAAUUAACGUAUACAAACGUAAUAUUUUAUCAAUUGUUGAAUAUAUUUAACAUUUUUUGCUUUUUUAACUCUCCUCCAAAGAUAAACAUGUACAUAAAAUUAAAAUAUUAAUUCAUGUUUACGUCAAACGAGCGGUAAAUGUUUUUUGUGGACAUCUUUUGUUGGGUUAAAAAAUAAUUUGCCACUGUAACGUUUAGUUCAUUUUUGUUGUACCUAAUAUAGGUUAAGUUUCUUAAUUUAGGCCAAAUUGUGUAUAAAAAUGAUAAAAAUUAGUAAUAAAAUGUAUAUAAUUUCAAAGUAA